CAGCGCAGUGUUCACGCUACGAAAACUUUGUAAAAGGUUAUGUCUAAAAAGUGACGUAUUCGGUUUUGUAUACAUAAACAACACACACCAAGAGUCUGCUGUGGCACGCAGAUGCAGCAGUUCAGAAGCGGCUUUUGAAUUUCAGUGCAAAAAACGCUAAAACGAAAAACGGUUUACAAUAACAUCCCGAAAAAUGGAUCAAUUACAUACGGCUUUAACUUCUUUGAAAGUUUUACGAUCCAGUGUAGGGCAAGUGUUUCACACUCUUGCAAAUGGACUAGGAUCAGAACAUGGAGAAGAAAAUAGAGAAAAUAAAUAUUUACUAGAAUUACAAGAAUUAUUAACUAGCGUUGGUGCUAAUUUGAGGGAAGUAGAACAAUCUGUCAAUUCGUUGCAAGCUCCUCCAGGGCCAUUUAAUUUAGGGAAUUCACAGUAUUUAGCUCAGGAAACGACUCAAGAAAGACAAGCCUUGUAUAAUACAUUAGUCAAUUCAUACAAAUGGACUGGAAAGGUACACGAGUACAGCGAUGUUGCUCAUCAGCUCCUCUCUCAAAAUUCACUGAAACGUUCAGCCAUAUUUCGCAGAAGUGGACCAAGAAGACCUAUGAGCUCCAUCAGCGCGCAGCCAGGACAAGUAGAUCAAUUAAUGGCAUCAUAUGAUAGACUUUAUAAUGGCAUGUCUAUAAAAAUAAAACGACCUUAUUCACACAAUGCUAUUAUUCAUGUUUCAUUAGGACAUGUACUAAAAACUAUUAUAGCUUUCAAAGGACUAAUGAUUGAGAGGGUAGUUAUCAAAGCUUAUAAUGAAUCUUUAGACUUAUGGGAAGAAUCCAGAUAUAAAGUAUUUCAAAGAGUUACUGAGCAUGCUAAUGCUACCAUACUUCAUUAUCAUAAUCCAAAUAUUCUUGAUUUUACUCUCAAAAAUUUUUUCGCAUGGCUACAUAGUUAUAUUAGUUUAUUUAAUAAUCCUUGCAAGAGAUGUGGUCAAUAUCUUCAUAGUGGUCUUCCUCCUACAUGGAGAGAUCACAAGUCAUUGGAUCCAUAUCAUUACGAAUGUAAACCAUAAAAACUAGUUAUGUACUUUAAUAUCAAUUGAUAAGUCGAGUUUAACUUGGAGUUAAAUUUUUCAUCAUAAAAAUUCAAACUCAAAUAAACAUUGAAAAUGCUCAAUGCUGCUAUUUUUAUGUAAUUUAAAGAUAUUGUAAAUAAUUGAUACAAAGGCAGGUUGCGAGUAUAUGAAAAAAUCAGUGUUACAGUUAUUCUCUGUGACUGUUCAAUGUUUAACAAAAAUUCCAUGCUUAAUAAAUAUUAUAGAGGUGAAUGAGAAGAAAAAAUAAUUGAACUUUGUUCAAAUGUCGAACGAUUAAGCUGAUGGAGCAUUGCAGCAUUAUUAUUUGCACUGAUUCGUAUUUUUUUACAAACUCAUGUACAAGACGUAUUUGGAUAAUUAAUAGUUUUUAUUACAAAUUUAAAUGAAAUAAAAUUUUCGUUUCUUAAUUUAUACUCGA